ACGGAAGGGGGGGGGGAGGAAGACACACACAGGGAGAGAGACAGAGGGAUUAGAGCAUACAGUACCCUCACUUGGUUACACUCAGACUCGCUGCCGUACCGUGAAAUAAUGUGAUAGAGGAGCAAGAGAACAAGGACUUUUGACCAUAUUGCAGUCAUUCAGCUUGGAUUCUGCUCACCUGAUAUGGAAUACAAGAUUUUGCAGAUGGAAGCAGCAUCUUUUACAUCAUCCUCGCCGCCGUGUAGACUCUGAACUUGGAUCUUCACUCACCUUGCUGUACCUUUAUCUCUUCAAACCUUUUCCUCCUCUUCCCCAGCCUCUUCUCUGCUGCCUUCUUGUCUUUUUUUUUUGCUGAAGACAUCAACUUGAAAAUACCAGGAGAUUUUUUUUUGUCUGUGUGUCUAUCACUCUGGCCCCUACUGACACAGCACAUAGGACACUUGAGAGGUUUGGGAUUUGUGGGGGCAGACAAGAAAAGCAGACAGAAAAGCAGAAAGGCUGUGAUUGACAGCGAUGGCCCAUGAACCAUUCUGAGUCAUUUGAAUAUCAUUUCAUUUCAGUGCAUGCAAAUGUGAAACUUGGAACAGGUUUCCUCUCGCUUCCACUUUGAAUCCAACCAACUGUGAACUCUGGGAGAAGUUUGGAAAAUUUCCAAAAGUUCUUUCGCCAUAGCAUGUUCGUUUCCUCUUCAAAUUGCCCAAAGUGACCCUCCUUCAUAGAAGAAUUAAUCCGAGAUAUUCAACAAAACAGCCCAGGAUCAGUCAUGCACCCCAGGUCAGUCCACUUUGACCUCCUGCUGCUGCUGGGUGUGCUCCUUUUGUGGGGACCCCUGGGGUCCAGGGGCCAGAAUGACACAGAGCCCAUCAUCCUUGAGGGGAAAUGCUUGGUCGUAUGCGACUCCACUCCUUCGUCCGAGCCGGCCGGCAACGCCCUGGGAAUGUCGGUUCGCUCCGGGUCCGGCCGCGUUGCCUUCUCCGCCAGCCGCCAGACCAAUCACGAGCCCACGGACAUGAGCAACCGCACCAUGAUCAUCUACUUUGAUAAUAUUUUGGUGAAUGUCGGCACACAUUUCGACCAAGAGAGCAGUGUCUUCCUGGCACCAAGGAGAGGAGUGUACAGCUUCAACUUCCAUGUUGUGAAGGCCUACAACAGACAAACUAUCCAGGUCAGCCUGAUGCUGAACGGCUGGCCGAUGAUUUCGGCUUUCGCUGGGGACCAGGAUGUGACCAGAGAAGCUGCAACCAACGCUGGCCUGGUGAUUAUGGAAAAGGGGGAUAAGGCCUACCUCAGACUGGAGAGAGGCAACCUGAUGGGAGGCUGGAAGUACUCCACUUUCUCUGGGUUUCUGGUCUUCCCCUUGUGAGGAAGGUGGAUGGAGAGCUGGUUUAGGCGUUGUGUGGGUGAUGGGAUGGCUGUGAACUGGAUGGAGCAGGAGUCAGAAUGUGGAGAUGUCAAAGAUACAUGAGGAGAAAAGAAGUAGAGAGGUUUCAAUCUGUAACUAAUUUUAAAGUGCAUGAAAAGUGUUUUAUGCUGUCUCAUGUUAAAUGCAGAUAUGAUUGUGCAAAUCCUUUUCAAAUUAGAAAAAACUAUGAAAACAUGGGCAAAAAGAGGUUUGUUUGUGAUUUUAAAAUGGCUGUUUCUGUGCAUAAAUAGUUUAUUUAAGAUAUAUUUUCAUUGUGACAAAUUAUAAAGUAGCCAUGUGCUGUGUGGGCUUCUGUGUAAAAAUAAGGCGAGAGCAUCUCUUUUUUUAUGCAACAUGUUUGCAACACUGCUGUGCUCCACAUGGCAUCCUGUCGAGCUCACAAACCUGCCAAACCUACCCUUUGUUCUGCUGUGUUGUUGCGACCGAUGCUCCUCUAUAUGCCUGUUUAGUCUCCUGCAACAAAAAUGUUUAUUUACACAGAAAUUUCUAUUUGCGGAGAAACAUUAAAAUUGAAAUCCUAUAAAGUUGA